AUGGAGGUAGCACACGACAACCUUAAUCACAAUGUCAUGCAUGUUGCAACUGAUCAGCCAGACAUGCAGUUUGAAGGGUCUUUCAUCUGUGAAACAGUUGAACGCAUCAACUCAAAUGGUCUAUGGUUUGGAGAUGACCCUCUUGCCUAUUCUGUUCCUCUCUUCUUGCUUCAGCUUCUCCUCAUGUUCAUCUUCACCCACUUCAUUUCCCUUGUUCUCAAACCCUUUGGUCAACCCUCUUUUGUUUCUCAGAUUCUUGGUGGUGUGACUUUAGGUCCUUCUAUUCUUGGGCGCAAUUCAGCAUUCACUGACAAGGUUUUCCCAUCAAAAGGAAGAAAUGUGCUUGACACCAUAGCAUUUUUUGGUUUUAUGUUAUUCAUCUUCUUAAUUGGGGUAAAGAUAGAUCCAACCAUCAUUUUUAGAUCAGGUAAAAGGAUUUUUGCCAUAGGAGUUUUAGGCUUCUUUGUUCCUUACAUUCUUUCUGGAACGGUUGGCCUCAUCCUCAGUCACUUUGCAUCAUUGGAUAAUGAUGUUUCCAAAGUGCUUCCUACUGUGGUGGAAAUUCAAUGUAUCACAGCCUUUCCAGUAAUUUCUUGUUUUCUUGCUGAAUUUCACAUCCUCAAUUCAGAGAUUGGGCGGUUGGUCACUUCUUCUUCAUUAGUGUGUGAUGUCUGCUUCUCUUUAGUCGUGGCAAUUAAGUUUGCUGCAAAGUUAUCCUUCACAAAGUCAAUAGGAGUAACUAUUGGCUCUUUGUUUUCCAUCGCUCUUCUUAUUGUGUUCAUUGUGUUUGUAGUUCACCCAGCUGCAUUAUGGGCAAUUCAUCAAUCACCAGAAGGGAAACCUGUUCAGGAAAUUUACAUUUGUGGGGUUUUUCUAACACUAAUAUUCUGUGGAUUUGUGGGUGAAGUUGUUGGCAUGAAUGCAGUUUUUGUAUCUUUCAUGGUGGGGCUGGCUAUACCAGAUGGUCCACCAUUAGGAGCAGCAUUGGUAGAUAAGCUUGAUUGUUUUGUUUCAGUAGUGUUCAUGCCUACCCUUUUUACCAUAGUUGGAUUAAGGACAGAUGUAUUUGCCAUACAGAAGAUGAAGAAUUUUGGUGCAAUUCAGUUAAUUAUUUGGAUUAGUUUUUGUGGUAAAAUUGUAGGGGCGUUGUUGCCUCUCCUUUUCUGGAAGAUGCCGUUUCGUGAUGCCUUUUCUCUCGGUCUUAUAAUGAACUGCAAAGGCACUGUUGAAUUGGCCUUGUUGAUUAACUUGAAAUUAAAAAAUGUCAUUAACGAUGAAUGCUUUUCAAUUUUGGUUCUUACUUUAGUGCUUAUAACUGGUAUUGUGUCACCUGUGGUGAAAGCUCUAUAUGAUCCUUCUAGGAGGUUCCUUGCUUACAGAAGGAGGACAAUUAUGCAUCACCGGGAUGAUCAAGAAUUGCGCAUACUAGCUUGCAUUCAUAAACAGGACAAUGUUCUAGCUAUUUUGAAUCUCCUUGCUGCUUCCAAUCCCACUGAAGCAAGCCCCUUUGAUUUAGUUGUGCUCCAUCUUAUUAAGCUUGUUGGGAGAGCUUCCUCUCUUCUUGUAGCACAUAUGCCGUGCGAAAAGCCUCGUGAACAUCCUUCUCAAACUGAAAAGAUUUUCAAUUCAUUCAAGAAAUUUGAAGAUGCAUAUAGGAGCAAGGUUGCAUUCCAUUUCUACAAAGGCAUUUCUCCCUAUGCUACAAUGCACAAUGAUGUAUGCUACUUGGCACUUGAAAAGAGAACAACUUUUAUUAUCAUACCUUUUCAUAAGCAGUGGAUAAUUGGAGGGUCAACAGAGUCAUCCUUUGCUUAUAAGCAGCUCAACAAGAAUGUUCUAGAGAAAGCUCCUUGCUCAGUUGGUGUCCUCAUUGAUCGUGGCAGUCAGAAGAUGUUUUGGUGUGGCUAUAUGAAGGAAUCAAUAUAUCAUGUGGCUAUGCUUUUCUUUGGUGGUGCAGAUGAUAGAGAAGGACUUUCAUGUGCAAGGCGCAUGUUAGAUCAAUCUAAUGUACAUAUUACUCUCUUUCAUUUUUCAUCUUCAACAACAGAUAUUGUUGGUGGAACAGAAAGGAGCAAAAUGCUUGAUACCCAAAUCUUGAGUGAAUUUAGGCUUAAGGCCUUUAGGAAUGAAAGAGUUUCUUACAAAGAUGAGUUAGUAACGAAUGGAAGGGAUGUGCUUUCAGUUAUUGAAUGCAUGGAAAGUUGUUAUGACCUUGUCAUUGUUGGGAGGAGCCAUGCACAGUCACAACUAAUGUCUGAACUUACAAAAUGGAAGCAUGGAGAGUUAGGAAUUGUGGGAGAGAUUCUUGCCUCCUUGAACAUUAAAGCCAAAUCGUCAAUUUUAGUGGUGCAACAACAAACUAGAUUUUGGGGAUCACGUGAUCCUGAGGAGUCAACACAUUUGAGAACAGUAAAUUUAUAA